UGAUCUUUGAACCCACAUGGCUUCUUGAGUUUCUCUUCACUCUACCAUUUUUUUUUGUUUGUUUUUCUCCUCCCUCACAUGCACUCUCUCUCUCUCUCUCUCUCUCUCACUAUACUAUAUAUAGUCCAAAACUGUGGUAGUUUGUUUUUUUUUUUUUCAUUGACCGACCACUUUCUCAAGAGAUUCUUUCAGAUCUACAGUGAAAGAGAGAGGCUGAAACAGAGCCAGAUUAUUGUUGGAUGAACAGAGUAUUGUUGAAGAGUUGUUGAAUCACAAAGAUUUGGAACUUCCCCUUGAAAGGUCCAGCAAAGCUUUCGCGCUUUCAAGUAUUUGCCUAUUUUUGUCUUAACUCUGAUUUUGUGGAACUCAAAUGUUACAUAGUGAUAACCUCAAGCAUGGUAUAGUAGCAAGUUGAUGUUCAUCUACAUUGCAGGCACUUGAAUUGGAUUUAAUAUAAAUAAGUGACUUUAUUGGUUUGUGAAAUGGAGAAUGAGAAUGUAGAAGAAAUGGACAUUGAAGUCCUCUCUUCAAUGUGGCCCGAAGAUAUAAACGAAGCCGGAAAGCAAUUCAAUGUAGAAAGGCCAGGAGCAGAUCAAGAUAUGUUAGAGGAAGUUACAAUCAUUGAAGAGACUACGAUAGUUGAUUUCAAGCGUCUUUCAGAGCUAACCAAUUAUAGUGAGAAGGGCUCAUCUCAGUUGGCAUAUCUUGUAAAGAACUGGGAAUAUAAGCAGGCCAAUGCUGUGCGACUUCUCAAAGAAGAGCUAGACUACCUGAGCAAACAAAAGCAUGAAUUUGAGCUCAAGCAAUUGGAGAUUUUGGAAGAACAUCGUUUUUGAGGAAGAGCGGAUUGUGGUGAUAAACGUCCAAUUUCUAUAUUGGAUGGAUUGUAUGAUAUAUGGCCAGCUGUUCCUCGGACGAGAAAUGAUGUGGUUGUUCAAAAUAAAGGAGAAGAAAUAGAUGCUGAGUAUAACACUGUCAUAUACUGGAAGCAGCGGGCCAUGCAUUUAGAGAAAUUGUUGGAGGCUAGCAUCCAGCGGGAGCAGACGCUCAUGGAUAGAUUGGAGGAAAGCAUAAAGAAUUUGGAAAGGCAGUCCUCACCGGUGGAAGAAUUGUCCCAGAUUUUAAAAAGAGCAGAUAAUUUCUUACAUUUUAUUCUUCAGACUGCACCGGUUGUCAUAGGCCAUCAGGAUAACGAGUUGAAAUAUCGUUUCAUCUAUAAUCAUUUUCCAAGUUUGCAAGAGGAGGACAUUAUAGGAAGAACAGAUGUGGAGAUAUUCACAGGUGCUGGUGUUAAGGAAUCUCAAGACUUCAAAAGAGAAGUUUUGGAACGAGGAUUACCUGCAAAAAGGGAAAUUACUUUUGAGACAGAACUAUUUGGGUCAAAGACAUUUUUGAUAUAUGUGGAACCUGUCUUCAGCAAAGCAGGAGAUACUAUUGGAGUGAAUUAUAUGGGUAUGGAUGUAACUGAUCAGGUGAGAAAAAGGGAAAAGAUGGCAAAACUUCGAGAGGAAAUAGCAGUACAAAAGGCCAAGGAGACAGAACUUAGCAAGACAAUUCAUAUAACAGAGGAAACAAUGCGAGCAAAGCAAAUGCUAGCUACCAUGUCUCAUGAGAUAAGAUCUCCAUUAUCAGGAGUUGUAAGCAUGGCUGAGAUUCUUUCCACCACAAACCUUGACAAGGAGCAACGACAACUGUUGAAGGUCAUGUUAUCUUCAGGAGAUUUAGUCCUUCAACUUAUAAAUGACAUUCUUGAUCUUUCCAAAGUUGAGUCAGGAGUUAUGAAGUUGGAAGCUGCAAAAUUCAGGCCAAGAGAGGUAGUACGGCAUGUACUCCAGACGGCUGCAGCAUCAUUGCAAAAGAUACUAAUCUUGGAAGGUCAUGUAGAAGAUGGUGUUCCUGUGGAGGUUAUUGGUGAUGUUCUAAGGAUACGACAAAUUCUCACCAACUUGAUCAGCAAUGCAAUCAAGUUUACCCAUGAAGGGAAGGUUGGGAUAAAGCUGUAUGUGGUACCAGCACCAUCUUCUGGAAUGGGUGAAGGAUUUAAUCAGAAGAUCUCUGCAGAUAGGUCAACAUUUUCAGUAAAUACACCGGAACCAGAUAAGUGUUUAUCAUUGUCACAAAUUGGCUGUGAUUGGAAAGGAUUUCAUGGACAGAAAAAUGGGGAGUGUCCUUACAAAAAUCAUACACUUGACGAUGAACCCAAAACCCCAGAUCGAAAUGGAGCCUCAAUGGAUGGAUGUGAAGAUGAACCAACAGUGUGGAUACGCUGUGAUGUUUAUGACACGGGGAUUGGAAUACCAGAGAAUGCUUUGCCUAAUCUAUUCAAGAAAUACAUGCAAGUAGGUGCAGACACGGCACGGAAGUAUGGUGGGACUGGACUAGGCUUAGCAAUCUGCAAACAACUGGUUGAGCUCAUGGGAGGUCAUCUCACAGUGUCGAGCCAAGAGCACAUUGGGUCUACAUUUACAUUUGUAAUAGCAUACAAGGUUUCACCUGAAUGUGAUAAUUCAGAUGAUCCUGAUGAACUCUCCGAUAUGGACGAUCAUAAUGCUCCAGUAGAUGCCAACGAUGACGAUACAAGUUCUGGAUUUUUCCAAUUCCAACCCCGAACAUUGGGUUCUCUUUUCUCUUCUAAUGGUUCCAGCAGGGCUCAAAAAUUAUUACCAAACAAUGUUGCUUUUAAUGCCUCACACGAACUUAACAGAUUGUCAGAAGAUCCCAAUUCAUUUAUGGUUAGCAACAUUGCACCAAAUGAGUUGAUUUCAUUAGAGGAUGCAUGUUCGGUGGUUGAUGGUGCUGACAUGUCAUUUGAACAUGUAACUUCAAUGAAGCACAGCCCGGACUCUAAUAAGAAAGUCACAGUUGGUGGUGAGGUACUGUAUCACAAAAAAGAAAAUGGUCAAUUCCAUGGGGCAAGCAAAGAGGUGGGGGGAACAAUGAAGCCAAGGGACUCCCAAGAAGCAAGUGAGAUGCGGGAAAGAUGUGAGAGAAGCUCCCAGUGCACUUCUAGCAACAGUCCGGAAAAUCACAAAGCAACAUUGAAACCGAAGAUCCUUCUCGUGGAUGAUAACAAGAUUAAUGUGAUGGUGGCACGGUCAAUGAUGAAGCAGUUUGGCUACUGCAUAGAUGUUGUAAAUAAUGGAGUCGAAGCUGUGCGUGCAGUUCAGUGCCAUGGUUAUGAUCUCAUUCUGAUGGAUGUAUGCAUGCCAGUAAUGGAUGGCCUUCAAGCUACAAGACUCAUUCGUUCUUUUGAGCAAACUGGUAAUUGGGAUGCUGCAGUGAAAGCUGGAAUUGAGCUACACAUGUCCCCAAAUUCAUCACCAAAUGAUGAAGAAUUUAACUUGCCGUCGAGAAACAAGAUUCGCAUUAUUGCUAUGACAGCAAAUGCAUUGGCAGAGAGUGCAGAGGAGUGUUAUGCAAAUGGUAUGGAUUCAUUUGUAUCAAAACCUGUUACGUUUCAAAAGUUGAAAGAAUGCCUUGAACAAUAUUUACCAUGAUAUAUAUAUAUAUAUAUAUAUCUCUUGCAAAUGUUUCCAUCUGUAUAAAAAGGAAAGUUUUGUAAUCAAUGUAUCAUCUUUUGCAGUCAUCAGAGUCUCUGCUGACUCGUAUGUGUAGAAUUUUUAGCUAUCCAGAAUUUUUUACUUGGAAAAAGUAGUAUGGUUUAAAUUCAUUGAAAAUGUAGAUUCCAUAAUACAUGAGUUGAAUCUAGGCCACACACUGCCUUUUUGUAUAAAAUUCGGAGUACCUAGAUUUU